AUAGCUAUAUUAAAUCUAUGUCUAAAGUUUAGAUUAGGAAGACCUUGAGAGAAAAACAUGGCAAAAUAUCUUAAUUUUCUCAUAAGUAGGGCUAUAUACGACUUAAUUUUUUUUUUUUUUGUGUAUACGAACUUAUACCAAUAGUUGGAACACGGAUUGGGUCGGGUUCUAUGGAUUGUGUAAUCCAAAAUCCAAACCCAACCCAAAAGAGGCGGGUUGUACAAAAGAAAACCCUCACUCAAACCAAAAUCUUAGUUUUAGCGAUAAAUACGGGUGGGUUGGGUCGGGUUGGACGGGUGGGUCGGUUUGCGGGUGGUUUUGUUCACCCCUACCGACAACAUCAGUAGGAAAGCGGCUGUUGUCAGCUGUUGGCGAGUGGACAGAGAAGCUUGGCGGCGACUGGUAGAGUAAGAGACUGUUCGUAGGUUUUGGUUAGAAAUUGAGGUUGGAGGAUAAGAGGGCCAAUUAGGUGCAUUUUAGGGCGACAAAAUUUGAAUUUUAGAGCGACGAAUAGCGAUUCAGAUUAUUUUUAUUUAAGGAUUAAUAGCAUUUUAUACCCCUAUCGUCUACCUCAUUCACCGCCGAAGACCCCACCGGCGCACCCUCAGUGGCAGCACCCGACUCUUCCUCACCGGCGACAAGAGUAGAUAUAACUUAAUAAUACAAGCUACUUGCUCUCUCAUUCUCCGAAGAAGCCUUCUACCCACCGCCGGCUCAAGCUCCGUUCCAAUUUCAAUUUCAACAAUCCCGACCACCACGACUCAAUCCCCGUUGACCCCGUCGUGACCAAGAUUGAGCGCCGCCUCGACGAUGGCCGGUGGGAGUAUCACUAUAUCACCCAUUCCCAUUCCUGACGCCGCCAACGAUACCCACCCCGCGAUGGAAGCUCCUGGCCACGAGUUCCAGCCCGAGUGGGAGGAUUUCAUGGAAGCCGAGGACUACUUGAACGAUGAGGAGAAAUUCAUAGUCACCAGCAGGUUGCAACAGCUUUUCCCCAAGAUUCGAGUUCUGCCGCUGGGGCUCUUCGGCCGGUGAUGAGGAAGAGAUAGGGUUUAUUUUAGUUUUGAUUUGGUUGUAAUAAAAAAAUAUAAAAUUAGAUUGGGGGCAUUUGCGUCAUUUAGCACCUCAUUUAACGGUCCUUUAACAGAAAAUUAGAUGGAAGGUUACAUUCGUUGCAUUUUCAUAUUAGGAGGGUAUGUUUGUGCAAAAUAUUGGUAGAAGAGUACAUUUGUUAAUUUGCAAAAAUAGAGAGGUAUAAAAUGCUAUUAACCCUUUAUUUAACUUGCCUCUUAUGAAUUUGUUGCCAAACUUGUGACAUUUUCAUAGAUCUAUUAAUUCUCAUUCUUAUAUUACACGUUAUCCUCUGUAUAUUGCUCAUAAUCAUUUUAUUUUUUCACUAACGGACGAAACACGUUGAAUUGAAAUGUCAUUUAACUUCACUUGAAGAUCCAAGAAUGUACCAUUACAACCGCUUAUGUUCCUUCUCUACUUCCCAAUUGGUGGACUUGCUCAUCCAAAUGGAGCACAGGAGAUGAAAAGAGGUAAGGAAAUCAGUCAAAUAUGUGAGAUAAACGCCAUGGAUCAUUGAUGAAUGGAUGAUGGGUAAAGAUAAUUGAAUUCGGGAUUGAGAAGAACAUACUUAGAGAUUUGGAAAGGAUUAGAACAAAAUUAGGGAUUGGAA